AUGGUCAUCACUGGGGAUAACAGAGUGGCCAAGUAUACAUCUGAUUUCUUGGCUCAUGUUGGUCUUACCGAUUGCAAGACUGGCACCACUCCAGUUGAUCCUCAGACUUGUCUAACACCUCUUGACGAUCACCUUUUUCAGUUUAUGGUUGCUCUUCGGUCUUCACACUAUGCUACUCUGGUUCGCAUUUUGUGCUAUCUCAAAGGAACUAUGCUUCAUAGUCUUCACUACUCAGCUUACUCUUCUCUACAAUUACAUGCAUUUUUUGAUGUAGAUUGGGCAAGGGAUUCUACUGAUUGCCAUUCCACUACAGGGUUCUACUUCUUCUUGGAUAAGUCUCUUAUUGCUUGGCGUAGCAAGAAACGAACUCUUAUUGCUCGUUCUAGUACUGAAGUUGAGUAUCAUGCUCUUGCUAACACUACUCAGGAGCUUGUAUGA